UAAAAAUUAUAGCAGAAGCUCUUUGUGUGAAUAAUACUUUGACUUCUUUAGACCUCACUAAUAAUAGAAUUGGAAAUUCUUUUGAAAAUAAUGAAGCAAUAAAUGUUUUAGCGGAUGCCCUUUGCAAAAUCAAAACUUUAACUAAUUUGAUUCUUUCUAAUGUUGGUUUAACUUUUGAAAAAGGACAGGUAUUAGCAGAAGUCCUUUGCAAAAACUCAACUUUAACUUUUUUGGACCUUAGUUCUAAUCGACUCGGUUAUAAAGGGUAA